AUGACGGCUGGUGACUUCACGACACUGGCUUCCAUGUACACCCUUUUCAGCAGGGUCGGCGGUAUAGCCGUAUUGUGCGCAGCUUUCCGACAACAUAUCAGGACAUCAGUGGAGGAGAUCGUUAAGGAUGUUAAUAACGACGACGACAUGGUUCAAAAACUCCUGGACCUCAAAUCCGCAGCUGAUACGACCAUCACAACCGCCUUCCUCACAAACAACAUGAACGAUGCCGAGACUAGCGCAGGCACGAAGACGCCAGAUUCUGAAUUCGUCUACUCCCUCAAAGACGCUUUCGCUAGUGGCUUCAGAGCUAGGAGAAAUAAGCCGGCGGAGAUGAUCGCAAAAUUCCUUGACAAGGCAAUGAGGAAAGGCCAGGGUUCUUCAACCGACGCGGAAUUUCAAGCGCUUCUUGAUUCUGUGCUGGCUUUGUACAGGUAUACGGAUGAUAAGGACGUCUUUAGGACGUUUUACCAUCGUUCGCUUGCCAAGAGGUUGUUGCUCGAGAAGAGCGCCUCUAUUGACUUUGAGGCCUCGAUGCUGAAGAAACUGAAAGAGGUUUUGGGGGCAGAGUACGACCCAGAGUUUGGCAUGGGCGAGGAUAUGUUCAAGGACUUGUCUUUGUCCAAGGAAGCUAUGGCGGAAUACCACGCCAAGCUUCCGUCGAACAGUUUUGGCCAGCGGCUUUCGGUUAUGGUUCUACAGCGCAGUGCUUGGCCGUUCACAGUGACGAAGAAAAGCGUUGAUUUGCCGAUAAGUAUGCAAAAGGAGCUCGUGAAUUACGCGAACGACUAUAAACUACGACAUUCCGGACACGUUCUUUCGUGGGACCACGCGUUGGGCACUGCGACGUUGAAAGCGAGGUUUGACGCUGGGUACAAGGACCUAUCUGUCAGUUUGUAUCAGGCCGUUGUGUUGCUCUUGUUCAACGAUGCGGUCGAGAUUCCGUUUACGGAUAUUAUGGCGCAGACGAGGAUGGAUGAUGAUGAGUUGAGAAGGACGUUACAGAGCUUGGCGUGUGGGAAGAAAAAGGUCCUGUUGAAGAUCCCUCCUGGGAAGGACGUGAAUGAUGGAGAUGUGUUCAAGUUUAAUGCUGAUUUCAAGGAUGAACGUUUGAGGGUGCAUAUUAACUCUAUUCAAGCGAAGGUUACUCCGGAAGAAUCAAAACGAACCAACGAAACCAUAGAAGGGGACAGGAAACACUACAUCGACGCAGCCAUCGUGCGGAUCAUGAAAGCCAAGAAGGAGAUGAUGCACGAGCAGCUCAUGAUUGCUACCAUUGACGCGGUGAAGAGCCACUUUGUGCCUAUUGUCGAUACGAUCAAGAAACGCGUGGAGUCGUUGGUGGAGUCGGAGUAUUUGAGGAGGAGUGAGAAGGAUAAGGAGAAGUUUUUUUAUGUUGCAUGA